AUGGAUCCUGAGAUGCCGGUCAAUGAGAGGCGUCAAGAAGGGAAUUCAGGAAAUCCUUACACGAAAACCAUGAAAGAUGGAGGAAAAUAUUUAAAAGAUGUUCUUAAUCCAGAAGGGCCAUAUCCCUAUACAUGGAACAAAAUAUUUUUAGCAUCAUGUGUGCUUGCAGUGGGAACGGACCCUCUCUUCUUUUACAUACCAAUUAUACAUGACGAUAAGAAAUGUGUUGCAACCGACGACAAGUUAAAGAUUGCAGCACUGGUUAUGAGAUGUUUCGCCGAUAUCUUUUACAUAACCGAUAUUUAUUAUCAAAUUCGAAACAAAUCAGUAAUGGCCAGUCCCACCAGGACUCUUUCGCCGUAUUUCAUCUCAAUUGAUUUUAUAGGUGUUAUUCCCCUUCCACAGGUGCUAAUUCUGUUUUUAUAUUCCAAACUGAGGGGCCCGAGAACUUUGGAUAUAAGGAGGUUUUUGGACUUCCUUGUCUUUGCCCAGUAUGUGUUGAGGAUUGUUCGAACGUACCUAUCCACAAAGGAACUUAAAAGGACGCCUAGAGCACCAGGUCCACUGGUUAAUGGUCUAUUAAAUUUGUUUCUCUAUGUUACUGCCAGUCAUGUACUUGGAGCCUUUUGGUACUUCCUUUCGGCUCAACGACAGAUAGGAUGCUGGCGACGUGCCUGUGGACGUCAUGAUGGAUGUGAUUCUGCAACUUUCGAUUGUAACGAGAAUACUUUGGCGAAUCGGACAUUUCUAAAUGAUUUUUGCCCUGUAGACCCACCCAAUGCAACAGUGUUCGAUUUUGGAAUAUUUCUUGAUGCCCUUCAGACUGGCAUGCUUGGUCCAAUGGAUUUUCCAAAAAAGUUUCUCCACUGUUACUGGUGGGGUCUGAGAAAUCAGAGAUUAUCAGUAAAUAUCAUGUCCAUUUAA